AUGAUGGACAGCCGGAUCCUGGAGGCGCCUCACGCCCAGUUCGGAGGCUCCAUGGUGGGCUUCCCGUACCACCUGAGCCACCACCACGUCUACGAGCUGGCGACCGGGCACCAGCUGCAGUCCGCCGCCGCCGUGCCCUUCUCCAUAGACGGAUUACUCAAUGGGUCGUGCGCGGCGUCGGUCGGCGGCUCCAACGCGCUGCUGGCGUCUGGCUGCGGGAUGAACGGAGACAAUCAGCCGUACAAGCUGACAGACUCGGGGGACCUUGACAAGGAGAGUCCCGGCUGCAAGAGGCGAAGGACGCGCACCAAUUUCACCGGCUGGCAGCUGGAGGAGCUGGAGAAGGCUUUCAACGAGAGCCACUACCCGGACGUGUUCAUGAGGGAGGCUCUGGCCCUCAGACUGGACCUGAUCGAGUCCAGGGUGCAGGUCUGGUUCCAGAACCGCCGGGCCAAGUGGAGGAAGAAGGAGAACACCAAGAAAGGUCCGGGCCGACCCGCGCACAACGCGCACCCGACCACCUGCAGCGGGGAGCCCAUGGACCCGGAGGAGAUCGCCCGGAGAGAACUGGACCGGCUGGAGAAGAAGAAGCGGAAGCAGGAGCGCCGCCUCCUUAAGGCCCAGAACAAGCACCUGCACGGGGAUCUAUUUCACACCCCGGGAUCGGACAGCGACAGCGGCAUGUCUCACGUCACCGACAGCGACCACACCAGCUCGGCCUCGCAUUUGGACCUGCCGUCCCACUCGCUGCACACCCCGGCCCACAACCACAGAGACCAGGACGCCUGCGGCUCCGAGCUGGACUCGGCGGACGCCAGCCACCGCCCCAGCCCCGGUGCCAACCGGACAUCCGGGCUGUCGAAACCCAACCCGUUCAGCGUGGAGAGCCUACUCUCGGACUCCGGACCCAGACGCAACACCGCGGCCUUACCCGCCUCCCGAGGGCCCCUCGUCGGGAAGGGACACUUCCUCCUCUACCCCAUCACGCAGCCGCUUGGAUUCAUAGUCCCGCAGACCGCCUUAAAAACCACUUCCAACCCGGACAGCGGCUCCGAGAGCCCGGCGGAGAGGAACCGCGGCGGCGUGCAGUCAUGCGACGCGUCGUCGGGGCCGCGCAGGAGCGCCUCGCCCGGGGACACGGACCGGGAUCGGGCGGGGUCGGGCUCCGCCAGUCCUCAGACUUUGGCCCACGAACACGACGCGCAAGGCGGCAGGGGCCAUCUAGAGGAGAGUCCCUCUUCGGAACCGCAUGAAAAAAACGGAAUAAACCUAAGAGGAACACUUUAGGCCAUUUUAGGUCCUCCUCUCCCUUUAAGUGUCUAGCUUUUAAAAAAUGUGUCACAAACACAAAAGCUGUAAAAAUAACAAACAAUUAUACUAUUUAUAUACUUAUGUAAGGAUUUUUUCGUAAAUAAAUAUAUUGUAUACAAUCAACACAAAGCGUGUGCGACCUUAAAUGGACUUCCGGUUAGAGCCAGCCAAUCACAGGAGAGGAAAUCUCAUGCUGUGUUUUUGUAUUCUGUCAAACUCAUUUGGAGAAAAAUCUACUCCUAAGUGGUAAAA